AUGCGUGCAAAUUGUAUGUGCCCUAAUGAUAAGAUAAGGUUGAGAAUAGCCUUAGCAUCAAUAAAUCAUCUAGUAGUGUCAUUUCAACGAAAUCUCCUCUAUCACUGUACAGAUCAUUCCGCUUCAACUGUGUAUAUUGUUAAAUAUUUUUUCUGA